AUGUCGACUCCCCGCGGCCCUCCGGACCCUCAAGCCAUGAAAACCCGCAUCAUCACACACAUGAACACCGACCACGCUCUCUCUCUCCGCCUCUAUCUCAUGCACUACUCUCAUGUUCCACUCUCCGGCACUUCGUCCGCCACCCUCACCGACAUCACCACUCAGCAUAUGAUUCUCACAUCCAGCUUUGGCAGGCACGUCAUCUCCUUUGAACCGGAGAUGAAAUCCCUUCUCGACGCCCGCGAGCGCCUCGUCGCCAUGCACAAUGAGUGUCUCUCUGCAUUAGACCUCAGUGACAUUGUGAUCGAUACGUACGUUCCGCCCGAUCGUGCAUGGCAUUGGGGAUUGGCGGGCAUUACUCUUUUGAUUCUCUCGACAUUUCCGUUUCGCGAAGCGCUGAAGCCUGAAUCGGGCACCAUCAUCGCGAGCAUUUGGUCACUAGGCGGGGCUGUACCGGGUCUCGCAAGGUUGUGCUAUACGCUGCAGCCUUAUGUGUUGACUCUCGUGGUGUUGGUACAUGGGACGGAGGCUGCGUGGCUCGCGAACACGAAGCUAAGGAGGCAUUGGGUCGAAGUUGGGAGCGGUGUCUGGUUUGCUUGGUUGCUGGAUUGUGUGAUCGAAGGGGGAGGGUGUUUGGAACGCUUCCAGAGGGUGGUGAAGGGGAAGGAGGCGGCAAAGAAUGGGAAGCAUUGA